AGGCGGGGACGCUCGGGCAGGAGGUGGCGGGAGCCCCGCUAGCACAGGAAGUCGCCCCGGCGAAGGAGGAGGGAGGAGGCGGAGCUCUGCCGCUCGGCCCGAGUGAUUUUUGGAUUGAAAGCAAUGGGUAGAAAAGAUGCCUCCACAUCAAGGACUCCUGUUGACCAGUACAGGAAACAAAUAGGGAAACAAGAUUAUAAGAAAACCAGGCCUAUGUUAAGAGCUACAAGAUUAAAAGCAGAGGCCAAGAAAACUGCACUAGGCGUAAAGGAAGUUGCCCUUGUCCUUACAGCCAUACUGGUAUUUUUGUUGGCUUUCUAUGCUUUUUUUUAUCUUAAUGUUUCCAGUGAAGUUGACCUUGAUCUGGAUCCAGAUGAAAACUAGCAGAUGCAAUGAAUCUAUCAUCAAGAUUUCUUCAGCUUCAACAAGACUACAUAGGAACACACAGUCCCUUCCCUGUAAGACAGUAAACGAUGCCAUUUCUUGCAGUCCAAAUUCAUAAGAAAGUUUUGCAAUACAUCAGUCACAUUCCAGGUCUCCAAAUUAAGAACACUUAUGCCUGGCCAAGUGUAUUUGUCUAACACCACAGCCAGGAGCAACAGUACAAUACAUGAAGUUUAUUGUUUACAUUAUGUUUUUCUCAGGCAGAGAACUUUGAUGUCAAAGACAGGUGCUACUAUUAUCAUGGGUAUUGAUGCUGACUUCACAGGAGUGCCUGCCUUGACUGAAUUUAGGAAUCAGAGCUUCCUAAUAACCAUAUUAGUUUCCUGUUCCUUUCUGAAAAGAAAGCAGAAAUACCAAAUGAAAAGUCUUUUCUUCAUUUGUGUUCAUAAUAUAUCAAAACACCCUCAUCCUUUCUCUCCCUUUUAAUCUUUCUUGCGCAUGUGUGCGCAUGCAUGAAGAUGGAAGAAAUUGUAGGAAAAGAAUAUCUUCUUACAAGCAGUCUGUCACCUUCUAUAUGGACUUAAUUUUCUGUCAUUCCAGAUUCUGUGUGCCCAUAUAUCUACAGUAAUCUUUUUCAUUCUUUUGCCAACUGUUCAGCACACAUGUGUUCUGUUAGAAAUGGCACCUGGAUGACAGAAGCUCUAACAUUCGCAUAUGCUUCUGAAACACAGUUCUUUGCCUCCUGUGCUGUCUGAACUAGUGUAAAUAGAAAGUUUAGUCAAUGUUGGUUUUAAUUAGUGUAUUGGUCUACUAUUAAUAUAAAGUCAAAAUUGUGUUUUAAUUAUGCUCUUCCUGAUGGUUUUGGUAUCAACUUGCUCUACCUAUUAGGGGCAUGUUGUAUAAAAACAUUCCUUUCCAGCUAUACAAUCAUUUUAAUCAUCAAACUAAUGUGAGAGACUGUAAGUAACAAGAAAACACUUUUUCUCCUGGCAUACUAAUAACUGGUAAAUCUUGGCUCCAUUACAUCCUUCAGUUCUUGCAAAGUACCUUUCAAAUUAGGCACUGUAGAUAGCAUUUUUGUUCCUUUUGAUAGCCAAAAGCCAUUUGAAGAAUUUGUUGUGUCAGAGCAGCUGCAGGGAGCUUUAAAAUUCUGGCUUUAUUCUCUUCUGCUUUGAGUUUGGCAUAUAACUGAGCUUGUGGAUGUAAAGACUGUUUUGAUCCCCUUAAAAGUGUGGUCAGUCUUUCUCAGACUGAGAUUCGGUUCCGAUUCAGUUUGAUAUCAAGAACGUGUAGAGCCAUUGGUGCUGAAUGUCGCAAGGAAAUUUAGGCAGACUGACUUUCAGAAAAGUUUUCAUAAUUCUGAGGCUUGGUUUUGCCUUUGACAUAAAUUUCAGAGCUGAAUGUUAGAUUUAAUUGCAACUGAGGUAUUUACUGUCUUGUUCCUGAGAUGCCUGGCUAAGAUUUCUUACAGUGAUUUUGAAGACAAAGGGAUACAAAUCACAUCAAAUAUUAUAAUGGAAAAUAUAUUUCUUUUAAAUUGACACAGUCCCAUUAUCACCACUUAAGAAACUUGGAUCAAUACAGUUAAUUUUUAAACCAUAUAGUAACUAUGACCAUAUACAUUAUGAGUCUCUAAGGAUCCACUUCAUAUGUGUCAUAAUGUUUGUUCACUUUAUGCCAUGCAAAACAACAACUCUAGAAAUUCAGAGUACAACAGUCUUCCGAAAAAUAUAUGAAAGAGAAAAUUAUAUAUGCAAAUAUAUCUCAUUUUCUACAUAUGACUCUUACAGACACAAAAUCCUAACAUUUUUGUAUGCAUAUGACUUACAGUGCACUACUAGUUGCACACUUGACCAAACACCUCCCAACAUGUUGAAUUUAUGGUGAAACAUUAUCUGACACAUGACCCAACUUCCAGUGGAGGGAAAAGCAUAUCACAAGCUGUCUCCUUGCAUGUGACUUACUUUUAACUCCACCAGCACCCAACCACAUGUGACAGAAGAUCCAGACCUCUCCUGUUACUCUACAUUAGCAGUUUUUAGGUUCUAUAACAUGCUGGAGGGAUUGCUUCCUUAAUGUCAGCAUAUAGCUCUCUGGGUCAUGUAUGGUCUGAGAAAGAUACGUAGUUACUCCCUUCAUGCAGGUCAUCUCUCUCAAUGACCUGCUCUCUCUCUCUCUCAUAACCUGCUCUCUCAAUUGGUUGUGUUAAAAAGCAAGCAAUUCUUACUGUCAAAUUUAUGAAUAUGAAGUUCCUAGGACAGGAAUAUUCCAUUUCCCAUAACUGGGAAUCAGACCAAAUCUGAAGUGUGCAUAUAUGUGAUUCUAUCAGCUUCCCCAGUGUGUGGCUUAUGAGUCCAUAUUGCCCGCAGUUUGCCAUUUGUCUAUUGGCUUUGUUUGGAUUAGGUCUUUUCAUUUGCAUGAAAGAUCAUAAAAUCAUUGUGUCAUUGAAUGGUUUGGGUUAGAAGGGAUGCAAAAGACCGUCUAUUUCCAGUACCUCUGCCAUGGGCAGAGACACCUUCUACUAGAGCAUGUUGCUCAAAGCCCUGUCCUGGUGUCAGACACCUCCAGGAAUGGUGCAUCCACAGCUUCCUUGGGCAACCUGUUCCAGCGCCUCACCACCCUCAGAAUAAAUUUUUCUCAAUAUCAACUCUCUCUUCUGCUGUCACUACAUGCUUUUGUAAAAAGUCCAUUUUUUUGGUAGGCUCCCUUCAGGUACUCAAAGGAUAUUCUCAUGUAGCAGGAAAAUUUCUUUUUGCUUAGAGCAGGUAGACUUCUGUUCAGUAUAUGUAGAAAUAUGUGGUAAAUAUUGCAGCAAAUACACUUCCUCUCCUAUCAGUACAGUAAUUCCUAAUGGGACAUGUGGCUUAUUUUGCCCUUAAUUAUGUCUAAGAUUGAAAUAUGCCUUUUGGAUUUUGGACCAUCUAUCUUUGUAUGAGUUGCACGGUGUCUAUUUUAUUAAUAAAUGAUUUUUUUCUA